GUACGAACGUACUUGAAGCCGGCUUCAGGAUCAAACAGAUGUGCCUCACAGCCUUCUUGGUCUAAAAGUGUUCUCCAAAAUGCCAAACAGCAUCAGCAGGGAGGAGUAUGUGAAGCCAAGAGUGCUGAAGAUGCAGAAGCUAUGGGUCAUGCUGCUGGCUGUAACUGCAGUCUUACUUGUCUCCAUAUCCUUUCUGGUGUUGAAUGACAGACCUGCCAUCAAGAUUCCAGAAGCAGAAGCAUGUCAAGGACUGUUGAGCAACAUAACACAACCUCAGAAGGUGAAUGAGAUUUGGAGCCUGAGACAUGUGAAGCUAAUGCAGAGCUGCCACUGGAAAUUCAAUGCUACUGCCUUGGCCCAGUACAGGGCAGAGCUAGGGCGCUGCUGCAAUGCCUCAUCCUGGCUGGCUGUGACGCAAGAGAACACACCAUUGGAGUCCAAGAUAGUCUAUGACGGGUAUCCCUCAAAGAGCUUGAAAGUCAGCAAUGGCUUGCUGGAGAUCCUGCCUGAGAAAUCCCCUUUUCGGGACCCUCUUUACAAAACCUGUGCUGUGGUGGGAAAUGGUGGAAUCCUCAGGAACAGCAGCUGUGGCUCUAAAAUUGAUGAGCACCAGUUUGUAAUCAGGUUUAACCUGCCUUCUGUGGACUUUCCUGAGGACGUGGGCAGAAAGUCAAGCAUUGUCACUGUGAAUCCUAGUAUCCUUCAGAAACGGUUUCAUGGUCUGAGUGGUCGGCGCCUGCCAUUCGUGAAGGCAGCAGCUUCCUAUGGAAAAACUUGGUUCCUCAUUCCAGCUUUCUCCUACCCUGGCAAUACUGAGGCAUCUUACCGAGCACUCUAUGCUUUACAGGACUCAGCCUCCCAGUCACAUGUUGCCUUCUUCCACCCUCAGUACCUGAGUUCUCUAAGCAAGUACUGGCAUGAUCGUGGUUUUCAUACCCAUCGCCUCUCCUCAGGUUUCAUGCUCGUGAAUGCUGCUCUGGAGCUGUGCCAACACAUCACACUCUACGGCUUCUGGCCCUUCUCUUUGCAUCCCGAUGGCCAUUCCCUGCCCCAUCAUUACUAUGACAAUGUGCUUCCCAACCACAGGAUGCACAUCAUGCCCAAGGAGUUCACUUACUAUGUGGAUAUGCACUUCCACGGUGUGCUGCAGCUGCAUCUGGGGCAGUGCUAA